AUGUCGGCUGCCCGCAACUGUCGACCCUGCCCGCAAAUGUCCCAGGCUGCCCGCAAAUGCCGGUGCUGGCCGCAAAUGUCGGCUGCCCGCAAAGUGGCUGCCCGCAAAAAAUUUGCCCGCAAACUGGUUGCCCGCAAAGUGGUUGCCCGCAAGUGUGCGCCCGCCGGAAUUGUGAAUCUUGAUUCUUCGAAUAAUAAGGGUACUCUUUGGGUUUGCUAUAAAAAGAUGAAAGAAGAAAGUGAUGACUUCGAUUCUUUUGGAUUAGAUCCAGGUGCUCAACAAAAGCGAGCAAUAUAAAACUAGAUUAUCAUAACUGUUUUCGAAGCAGUAAAGUUCAUACUAGUUCAGAAGCUAAUUGAUAUGUCACUCAGUCAUGAAGUGCACAGCAUGAAAAACAUUUACGAACGACAAGAUUUCUUUUGCUUUUCUCAUUCUUUAUUAAUACAAUAAAUGUAUAUAUAAGAGCGCAAGCUAGGAAUCAAGCAUACGUCUUAUAUUCUAAAAAAAAUUGAUUAAAUUUGCGCCACAAUCCAUAAAAAUCCAAGAGUUGCACUUCAAGCACCUCCCCUGCUAAGCUUUGUGGGUUUCAUCAAGAGAAAUAAAUAAUUUGUGCCCGAUCUUUAAACGAUUAUCUCUCUGCCGGGAAAAUAAUGAGCACUCUGUCGCUUCGGAAACCGCAUCACCGCCAAGAAAAUGAAUUGUGUCGCGGCAAAAUCAAAUUGCUUUUCACUUCAGCGACCCGAUCGGCGCAGCGACAUUGUGGUCAGAAUUUUUCCGACAGACUUAUAGUAUUGUAUAUGCCACAACCUCAUAUGACGUCUGCGCACUCCAUAAGCGGUUCUUCAUUCUUCUUACUUCACAGUGAAAAAGAAGUAUGCGCCAGACAAUGGAAAUCCGACUGAUACACUCGAUGAUUUUACAUUUGACUAGAUGAAUGAAUUGAAAUAGAUGGGCAACAAAGAUAAGACACAAUCAAAUGCCCUUAAAAGAACAAGAAGAUCCUCUGCUCUCUGCUUCACUGUCACAUUCAACUUCUCCACCCUCCGUUGGCCACCUUCUUCAUUCUCAAGCAAUUUAUCUCCACAUGUAAUACACGCGGAAUAUUUGCUUUCGCUCGGGUUCAACGUGUUUGCGCAGCGGAUUUGGAAAUGUCCAGUGUGUCCCUAUCUUCUCGGGUGUAAAACAAACACGCUCGGACAAUACACGAACGGGUUUAGCGGGAAAUUAUUAUUUUUUCGUCGUUUUAUUUCUCUGGGGAGUGGUACAAGUGCGACGCUUAGAUCUUGAUGAAAGUUGGCACAAAUUAAGAAGAAUUUUUGAUAGGACAUACGUGAGAUUUUUAGCUUGCGUUUUGCCGUAACGACCGAGAUUUUUAGGUGAAAGUUGAGAAAAAUUUCGACAGUUUUUUUUGUGAAUCUUUGCAUAAGAAGCUCUCUUUGCCGCAAAGAUCGUUGAAUAUCUAGGCGGACCGUGCAAAGUGCAAGCUAACACUUUCAAAAAUUAUUUAUCGAUUUCCCGACAUUUAUUUAUGUAUUAUAUUUCGUCUAGUUCGUUCUCAAAUUGUCUGAAUCGUAAGCCUCUCACUAUUCAUAAAGCUAUCUAUGUUCACGGAAAAGUGAUUAAUCAAAACAUUUUUAAACGUGAUUAAAAUAGCUUUUCCUUUGAGAAUUUGUAAAUCUCUUUAUGUUUUUUGCGUGUCAAACGCAGGAGACUUUACUAUUACUAGUCGCGCCAUAAGGUCCGUAGAAUUUUUUUCGCCGACUUGGCGGGUGCAAUCGUCGAAAAGUGCAUGUCGCUAGUGCAAAAACGGGGAAUCGCCGCGGUGCGUGCGAAAAAGAAGGGUUGAAUGCACUGUGCAAAAUUCUACGGACUUUAUGUCGCGCCUAGUACACUGAUUCUACAAAUUUUUGCUUUUGCGUUGCAAGCGCCGCCAAAAUAUGCAGCGUAACUCUCCGCAAAACGCGGAGAGUCUUCAGAAAGAAUUCCUUUUUUGGCCAUAUCGGCCUACGGAGAAAUUGAUUUUUUGCGGAAACAUUGCGGUAGGCACAUGUACAGGGUCUUACAAAAAACGUGAAGGAAAUUGGAAGGCUAUAACUUAAGGCCGAGGUGGCGCAGAGACUUCGUAUUUGAAAUAUGUAUUUUUUAAAGACAUAAGUUUUUGUCUACGAAAUAACAAGCUCUUAAAGUGCAAACUGAGGUCGCUACGACCUUCUGAAGUAGAGGCAUCUCUACCCCGGAAACCAGGUUUUUUCGGUUGAAAAUGAACGAGAAAUUUUGGACUUUUUCGGUUGAAAAUCACCAGGAAAUGUCGGAAUUUUUGGGGGGUUUCGAUAUGGGUGAUGUUGAAAAAUAGGAGGAAAGUGCCAACACUUGCAAAUUAUGCACGUUCUCUUAAAGACUAUAUCAAGAAACCCCAAAAAAUCCGACAUUUCCUGGUGAUUUUCAACCUAAAAAGUCCGAAAUUUCUCGAUCAUUUUCAACCGAAAAAACCUGGUUUCCGGGGUAGAGAUGCCUCUACUUCAGAAGGUCGUAGCGACCUCAGUUUGCACUUUAAGAGCUUGUUAUUUCGUAGACAAAAACUUAUGUCUUUAAAAAAAUACAUAUUUCAAAUACGAAGUCUCUGCGUCACCUCCGCCGGAAGUUAUAGCCUUCCACUUUCCUUCACGUUUUUUGUAAGACCCUGUAAAAAAUUUUAUGCUAAAAUUCACAAAAAAGGGCUAAAUUCUGAUCAACUUUUGGCUUAAAAAUCUCGGUCUUUUUUGCAAAAGGAAAGCUGGAGUUCUCCCAUAUGUCAUAGAAAAAAUAUGAUGAAUUUGUCGUUAGUGUCAUCAAAAUCUUAGCGUCGCACUUUGAGCACCUCCCCAGUCAACUUUGCCAAUUAAUUUUCACCAAAAAUCUCUUUGUUUUCACUGGAUUUACCGCCGCUUUCAACACCUACUGACUGUUUAUGACGUUUCCGCCCGUGAAACCCCCAAAUCUCGUCCAACUUUCUCGAACAUCUUGCAAUUCAAUCCGUUUGGCCCACCGAAAUCCGCUGCGUUCUUUCCCGCGAAAGACAUGAUGGAUAUAGCGCUCGAUUUUGUCAUAAACUUUUUUUUGUCGCUCAGGAAUAUAGAGUGAGGAGGAAGGAGAGAGAGGGCCUCUCUUCGCCCUCCGACAGGAUCGAUGGGAGUUUUUAAGGACCACAAAAAUCUUCUUUCCAAUCUCAUUUUAUUUAUUUGCAUUCCGCCUUUCCGGCAAAUAAACUUCGAGGGGUUAAUCUGGUUUGCGAGGUGGGGAUAGGCUUCACUUUGAUGGGUUGGGGUCAGUUGAUUUUGCGGGUGAUUUGGUAAACAGAUUGCAUUACUUUUUUGGCUAUUAAUUUUUUUGGCAUUUUAAUGGAGAAGUGUUGUCAUGAUGUUAGUAUUUUUCAUAAAGUGCAUGGACAUUUGUCGAAUUAUGCACAAAAAAAAACAAUUUUUCACCGUGAAUGUCACCUUUUUUGAUGGCGAUUUUCGAUGCGACAGAGUGCCCAUUAUUUCCCCGACAAUCUGACAUUAGUAUUUUUUCAUAAAGUGCACGGACAUUUGUCACAUUGUGUACCAAAAAAAAACAAUCUUUCACCGUGAAUGUCACCUUUUUUGAUGGCGAUUUUCGAUGCGGCAGAGUGCUCAUUAUUUCCCCGACAAUCUGAAAGUAUUUUUCGUAAAGUACAUAGACAUUUGUCACGCCCCGCACUGCGCGCAAAAAACCCCCCAAUCUGGCGUGAAUGACCCCGUUUUUUUUUUGGCUUUUGCGUUGUCCGGCGAAAUGUCGCUGGACGUAAGCAAAUUUCAACUACAUCGCUACGUCGGUGCCAGGCAUUUUCACAGUGUUAUUUUUUAUCGGCUUUUUGUUUUGAUUGUCGUGCUGUGCAAAGAAACAAAAUGCACUGUGCGUUAGCGACAAGCGUAGAAAAAAUUCAAAAUGCACUGUGCGAAAGCGGAAAAUGUGCAAGCACUUUAUGAAAGUAUAUGUAUACUUCAAGUCCGUUCGCAAAGUUGCUGCUGUGAUUUUGGCGGCAUGCAUGCAAUGUGAGAAAGCAAAGGAUUAUCAGUCUGUCGGGAAAACAACGGCGAAUCGUCGCGCCUCGGAAUCGCCCAUCAUCGCUUUGCGACGGCGACCGCAGCUGGAUAUUUGGUGCGCGACAGCGGCGAGGCGAGACAUUUUGAUGCGACGAUCCGCCGUUAUUUUUCCGACAGACUGAUAUUAUUUUCAAUUUGAAAAUUUUUUUCAUAGUAUAAGGUGUCACAUCUUAUUCUUUUCAAUUUAAAAAAAAUUUUCAUCGUAUAAGGUGUCACACCUUAUUAUUUUCAAUUUGAAAAAAUUUUCAUCGUAUAAGGUGUCACACCUCAUUUUUUCAAUUUUCAAAAUGAGGGGUAGUGUUCAAAAAGGGGUAAAGUUCAUUCAAGGGGUAGAGUUGAAAAAGGGGUAAAGUUCUGAAGGGGUAAAGUUCAAAAAGGGGAAGAGUUCAGGUUCAACCCCGGCUGUCAAGCCUGCGGUACCGUAGUAUUGGCGAAAGAAAAAUUUAGAUAAAUUCCGAGAAGAAUAAUCAUUCUUUGAUGUAAGACAUCACUGACAGCCUUUCAUUAAAAGAACAAAAAUUCAAAGACGAUUACGCAUUUUGUCUCAAUGAUUCAAUGUUCAAUGUCUAUAUGUAUUUUUCUGAAUAAAUUUUGAUAAUAAUCAUAAUAUUUUUGGUAUUUUUCUGUCUAAACAUUUAGUCUUACCGUAAAAAUGACACAGGUUUAAAUAAAUUCUUUUGAAAAUUUUCACAUUUUGUUCGUAGGCCACACAACAACCCAGCAAAUUUUGGUUCGCGCUCUGCAGGGGCAGCCGAGAUAUUUUUUUGCCUACGAGAGAGUGCGCGAAAUGCAGAGACGGCGUAGAAGAAAAACUUGGUCAUAGCUUUGCCAGUUUCGUGCGGGAAAAAUUUAUGUAUGUUUUGCGGAAGCAUUACUUUCCUCGACCAAAAUCUGAGCGUCGCAUUUAAAGCAUUUCCCUUGUUAAUUUACAGCCCUUUAUGUAAGUAACGGUAAACUAGAGACGUUAUAUAAUAAUAUUUGUAGCCGUAACGGCAAAUUCAAAGCAACCGUCUCACAUUAGGCUAAAGAUAUUCUCUGACCGCAUAAUCUACAUAUUUCAAGUUUAUCAUGCAAAAGAAUGCGAGUUGAAAUGUUAAGCUGCUUUUCCGUCGUUUCUUUGUUGUUCCAUCUCCUUAUAAGCGCAUUUCUUUUUUUUAUUGUUGUGACAGGAAACUUAAUUUCAGAAACAGUUAUGUACAGAUGGUGGGUGGCUAGCCUAACGGUGUUGCUGAAUUUUGUGCAAAUCAAUGGGCAGUCAGGUAAGUAGUUAGUUACAUUCCGACGCUCAGAUUUUAUCAGUCUGUCGGGAAAAAAAUGAGACAAUGUCGCUACGUCGAUUGUGUCGCUGGAGUGAAAAGAAGUUUGAUUUUGCCGCGACAAAAUUCAUUUUCUCCGGUUUUCGAUACGACAGAUUUCUCAUUGUUUUCCCGACAGAUUUAUUAAAGCAACUGGUCGCAAAUCUAUUACUUUUUUCUAACAAAAAAGCGAGAUUAGAAUUUCUGGAUUUUGAGAACGAGCGCAGACACAAAUUUUAGUUUACAAGGAAAGUACCCCAAGUGCGACGCUCAAAUUUGAUGAAACUUGGCACAAAUUUAGAAUAAUUUUUUCUAAAAAAUAUGCGAGAAUCCUGGCUCACGCUUUGCAAAAAACAACCGAGAUUUUUAGAUCGAAAGUCGGCGAAAAUUUAAGACUUUUUGCCGAAUUUCGACACAAAAAGUUUCAUGCCUAUUUCAACCAUAGAGGGUAAUGUUUCCACAAAAAAUUAACGUUUUCCGCACGAAACUAGCAAAGCAAUGGCCAAAAAGUGCUUUUCUCUCUGACCGCUCUCCGCGUUUAGCGUACUCUCUCGGCCGCAAAGAUUGUUGAAUAUCUCGGCUGCGCCUUCAAAGCGCGAGCUAAAACUUUGAGAAAUUGAUGUUUAGUCUAUGCCCGAAGCGUGUGCAAGAUUAAAAAAAAAUCCGACCGUCGCACUUGGGGUACUUCCCCUGUUAAAAAAAUCUGCCUUGUUUUUCCCGUAGUGGGAGAAGUUUCCAAAAAAAGUUUUUUGUUUGCGCUUCACGUACUCUUUUAACCGCAAAAAUCGUUGAGUAUUCCGACCCCUUGUUAAUUCAUUUCUAAUAAAAAUUUACAAAUUAAAAUUUGUAAAUUUUCAGUAAAAUGCUUCAGUUGCGCGUCGGAGGAUAUGCGACAGGACUUUCUCAACCGACCGCGCGGUCCACAAGGUCGAGUGAAGCUGCCCAAAGUCUUUGACAACAUGUGCGAUUGGGACCUAUGGCUGCUGCGAGAAAAAGCGGUAGUGGACUGCAAUGGAGUCUGUUUCAAAUGGCAGCAGACGUUCAAUAACUCUGGUAAGACAUAUAUUUUUAUCAGUCUGUCGGGAAAAUAAUGAGCACAAUGUCACCGCGCCGAUCGCGUUGCUGGAGUGAAAAGCAAUUUGAUUUUUCCAUGACACAAUUUAUUUUUUGCGGCGAUGCGAUUUUCAAAGUGCUCAUUAUUUUCCCGACAGAGUGAUAGAUGUCAAACUUAAAAAAUUCUCUGGAUUUUUUUCAAGUUUUAUUAAAAAAAUCUCAUGGUCACACUUCAAAUUUAGUCAGAUUUUCCCGAUUUGGCCACAAUUUUUUUACUUGGCCGUUUUUAGCAAGAUUGGAAAGAUGUUGCAAGGUUUGGCCACAUUUGUUUGAUUUGGCCAUUUUUCACAAUUUUCUUUCGAUAUACUGUUCGCAAAGUCAUUCGAGUAAUUUCGAUGACGUACACUGUGCAAAAAAUCAAAUUUCACUUCGCACCGUGGAAUUCCUUGAUUUUUGUACGUGCAAUAGAUUUUUUUGGGCUGAAUCUUUCUGCACAGUGGAAAUGCCAAAAAAUCAUCAUUUCAAAUCAAAGAAUUUUAAGCCCAAUUUUGGCCAUUUCUUUCCUAAAAAACCGCAAAUAUUUGCUUCCAGGUACCCUGACCUACUCCACAAUUCGGGGUUGUCAUCCGGACAUGUUCAACAAGCCGGCCGAAAUCAAACAGGGCCAGUUGUCGCAUUGUCGGCGCAACAACGAAAAGGUGACUUGUCUCGACUUCAGCGAGAUCGCCGAGUCCUAUUGCGAGUGCGUCGGGGACCAUUGCAAUAGUGGUUAUCUUGCAACAGCAUCAUAUUUUUUGUCCUCAUUGUUAAUUUUAAGUCUAUUCGCAUAA